UUCAGAGGCAAACUCUUUGUUCCCUUUUCAAGCCCCCAAAUGCGAUAUAUAAAGCCAGCUUCUUGUGUUUUCUGCCUUCAUUCUGUCUUUGCAGCUACAGGUGGCAGACAUUUCUUCAGAAGGGGAUUUCACGUCAUCAUGAAAGCUGUUCUAGGACUCUCCAUUUUCUCUGUGCUUCUAAGUACAGGUGCCUCACUGGAGUGUGAAACUUGUACCAGUUCAAGCAGUAUCUGUACUGGCAGGAUGAAGACUUGUAGCUAUGACGAAGACACCUGUUUCAUUCUUUUGAGUGAAACCUCAGGAGUCGGAGUAAAAAGUUAUGUCGUAGCAAAAGGCUGCAGCAACUCCCAGUUCUGCAAACGUGAACCCAAUGUUCUGAAUUUUGGUCAAAGAAGAUUCCAAAGAGAUGCUGUCUCCUGUUGUGUGGGAAAUGAAUGCGCUGGAGUCUACCCACGAUUGAAACCUAUAAAUACUACAACCAAUGGAAAGAAAUGUCCAGCAUGCCUUUCUGUGACAGGAAGAUGUCCUUCUGAGGUGGUGCAGUGCACUGGAUUUGAUGAUUACUGCUUUCAUAUGGUCACACCUGCAAUAAAAGGCACAGUAGUGACCACAAAGGGCUGCACCACGAGCUCCACUUGCAAUAAAUUUCAAGCCACACAAGGGAUUGGAUAUUCAGAAGUAGAAUGUCAACAAGCCAGCAAGGCUUCUUGGAUACCUGGAUCACCCCUGCUGGUUCUUUCUGGGUUCCUAUGGAUGAAAGUCUUCUACUAAUGUCCACCUUGCAGUGCGUCUCCUUGGCGUGGAUGAAUGGUUCUUCACUAUUUGAAUUUGGCUCUUUGUAAUUAUACAAAAAUUAUUUCUCUUGGGGGAAAAUAGACCUUGACAUAUGCAAGUUGUAGUUACUGGGAUGUAUAGUUCACCUACAAUCAAAGAGCAUUCUGAACUCCACCAAUGAUGGAAUUGAGCCAAAUAUGGCAUACAGAACUCCCACGAUGAACAGAAAAUAUAUAUCAAUGAUUGAUUUGGGGGGGGGGGACGCCAAAAUACUGUUUGCUUAUUGCUGAAAAUUACCUAGGGCCAGCUCUGUCUAUAAGUAUGGUUGGAGCAUGUAAAAAUCAGUUGGUGAAUGUGUUAAUUGAAAAAUGUAAAGCACGAAGCUGAUUGGUUGAACCAUGCCCAAAAGCUAGCUGGGAGUUCUGGCAACAGUUACAUGUUUUAAGUUUUUCUGUGCAGGAGCUUGCCAAGACAGUAUUUUUGCUUCUUGGCUGUUGGAAGAAGACCUCUCACAUAGACACCCAAGAACCAUUUUGAAUCUCUCAAAAGACAUUGUGUGAGUCAAUGUGACUGUUCAUAUUAUUGUAUCUAUGUUGCUCUGCAUAACAAAGAGUAAACACAUUAUUCUUUACUGAU